UUGGCAGCUACGCUUUCCCUUCUUGCCGUUUUUAAUAAACAAACGGCUCUACUCGGCCCGGUCAGUUAGCGCGGCUCGAGACUGGCGGUCCGCGUUGCUCGUUUCGGUAGCUCACAGGCUAAGAGCACAGGUGCACUUAAAUCGGAAGAGGCCCCGCUGUCGUUGCACUUAUUUAGUGUAUUUUUUUGUUAUUUUUCUCGUUGACUAUUCGGAAAUAUUUUUAUAUAAAUACAUUUAGCAAGGUAGCUAACACACACAGUCAACUAAGUGGUAUUUUAUUCGUAGCUGGAGGGUUAUUUGGAGUGCUAAUGUUUUUAAGCCAGCUCAUAGCUAGCCACCUAUAUGUCAGUUAAGCUGUCGUUUCUGUGGUGAACUUAAAAGCAUUUUUGUUGGUAAUUUUAGACUGAAACAUUCUCAUUCUCUGGUCCUCUCAUCGGUGGCUAACUUACUAUCGGUCAGACGGAAAGGCGAGCCAUCGAGGAGUUAGCCGAGCAGCUAGCAGACGCUGUGUGUCAGUGGCAGCAACCGUUACUGUUUAUUUUAUUAUUAAUGUGACGGGACAGGCGUCGACAUCAGCGAUUUUAUACUCAAAUAACACCCGUAGCUGGGCAGAGCCUACCAAGCAUCGUUGCUCGUCAGCUUAGCUAAAAACAGUCACAUAUAAAUAUAUCAGUUAGUCGUUAUUCGGAGGAUUUUCCAUACUCUACAGGUAUAUGGAAUAAGCGGCUCGCGUUAACAGACCAGCAGCGUUUUGGUGUAAACUGAGCUGGGGGCUGAAACAGCGUUGAAAGCCAGCCGUCCAUCGGCGUCAUUGUGGAAAAUGGCGGCGGUGGGGAUGGUGCAGAUGCUGAUCGAGGCUGCGGAGUACCUUGAGCGCAGGGAGAGAGAGGCUGAACACGGCUAUGCCUCCAUGCUGCCCUAUAGCACCAGCAAAGAGAGAGACAGCUUGAAGCGAAAGAGUAAAAACAAGAAGAAUUCCAGCAGCAGGUCCACACACAAUGAAAUGGAGAAGAACAGACGGGCGCACUUGCGGCUGUGUCUGGAGCGCUUGAAGUCACUGGUACCCCUGGGACCUGACUCCAACCGUCACACCACCCUCAGCCUACUGAUGAAAGCCAAGGAACACAUCAAGCGCCUGGAGGAGAGCGAGCGCCGAGCCCAGCACACCAUUGACCAGCUGCAGCGGGAGCAGAGGCACCUACGACGUCGCCUGGAACAGCUGGGCGUGGAGCGAACACGCAUGGACAGUAUGGGGUCUACCGUCUCCUCAGAGAAGUCCGACUCAGACCAGGAGGAGCUCGAUGUGGACGUGGAAGGUACGGACUACUUGCUGGGAGACCUGGAGUGGAGCACCAGCAGUGUGAGCGACUCGGACGAGCGGGCCAGCAUGCGCAGCAGCUGCAGCGACGAAGGCUAUUCCAGCGCCAGCCUGCGCCACCUCACCAACCUUCAGGAUAAGGCCACUGUGCUGGGAUGCAGCCUCUAGGGGGAGCCUCCAGCCCCUACUCAGCCAGUCCCCGCCAGUCAGACCUGACACCGAGCACAACUGGUCAGACCAAACCUAAGAUCCCCCCACCCCCCACCCCCUCCUACGUCCCGGCACCAGGCCUACACACGUUCGAGACACAGCCAGGAACUCGUCUGGCUUCUAGAUCCCCACGGACUUCUGUGUGUCCAGUCAUUUGAGUGAAUUUUUCAUGGGCGUGGCCCAGUUAGAUGGCUGGAUCCAUGAGGACCGCUUGUCCCAUUACUGCCCCUUACCCAUUCCAGCUGUGGGGGCCAGUAAAUGGCCGCUGUACCUUUGCACUAUAAAGCGGGGCCCUGUUUCCAUCGCCAAGAACCGGGGCGGUGUCAGCCAACUCCCGCUGAUUGUCUGACCAUGAUAUUUUGCACUUGAUCAGUGGUAGACGUGUUCCGAAGACCUGCAUCUACUCAGAAUGUAUCAGUAAAGGCGUGGUUUUGAGCCACUUUAAGCCCGACGGCCUGCCACCGCCUCCCCCGCCCUGAGGGCCUGCCGAGCAAUACCUCCAUCAGCCGCGUCGGCCCCACGGCGGGUCCCCACGGCGGGUCCCCACGUCUCCCUCAUUCUUCCUCACAGGGCUAAGCCGAGUCGGUCACGUCCACGACCAGAGACAGAAAAGCGCUGUGAAGAACCACGUACAGCAUGAGGCUGGGCCCUGGGGGGAGAGGCCUCUUUCUGAAGACAGCGGCUUUUGCCUGUUUUUAUUCCAUCCCGUGGUCAGAUAGCCUGUUAAACGUGCAGCAGAGCAAAGUGUGAAGCACAUUCCAUGUCAAGUUGAUGCGGCCUGAUGGAGGAGCGGGAGAGUCUAGGGGGUGACUUAGAGGACGUGAUGAAAUGUUUGUGGGGGGG